AUGUCGAACCAAGGCCACUGCAAUUGCGAGAGUAUCAAGGUGACGCUGGACCCGGAGCUGCAGAAGAACACUCUAUCAUGUUUUUGCUCAAACUGUCAGAGAGCGGGUGGCCUCUUUGCACCAAACUACGUCGUGGACGAGGAGCAGGUUCAGAUCCAUGACACAAGGGGCACGCUCAAGACCUUUAUUGCGAACGCGAAUUCGGGCAACAAAGUUGAUCGCUCGUUCUGCGGCGACUGUGGUAGUCCCGUGGUGACCCGAACCCCUACCUUCCCAGGCAAGGCCAUCAUCAAGGCUGUCCUGUUCGACACGAUUGCUGCACCAGCUCAGGAGAUCUUCACGCACCGUCGCCCUCAGUGGCAGAAGGCCGCCGAUAGCGCCGAGCAAGGUUGA